ACAAAACAAAAUUAAAGGUAAGAGGAACAUUUCCUAUACAAUCUGACUGUGGCAAAUGUCAUCAUGUACCUGAUUUACUGUACAUUUUUCUUUUGCUUUAUGGCACCAUUUGAAUUUCUCUGUUAUAUACCUUAUAAACUUUGAACUAUUCCUGAUAAGGAUGAACGUUUUUAAACAGACUGAUACUGUAGUAGAUUUACCUGUGAAUGCUCCACCGUCUGUCUCACUACACCACCCCUUCUCUCCUCCUCUCCCUCCUCUUUUAUUUUAUCCCCGUCUCCUUCUCUUUCUCUCAGCCCUCUGUGUGUCAGUAUGAAGGUGUUUGAGGUGGGUGACUCUGUGAGUCGGUUCAGGCUGGCUGAGUCGUGUGUGGGGCUGGCAGGGUGUCUGUGUGUGGCCUACUCUGUGUGGACCCCUCACUGGCUCAAUGACCAGGGACUGUGGACUAAUGGCAACAACAGCACCAACACGGACAGUGACCAGACCAGGGGCAUUAUCUUUAACGGUGAGUCAAGAAGCUGUAUUGACCAUCAGCAUCCAUCUGUUUAAUACACCCCUGUGUAUGGAGGGUGUAUUAAUGUCAGUGACAUUUUUACACAAUUUAGUUCAUUUAAAUCAAGUACGGUAAUACCAACUGUUGCUAAUCAAGGUUGUUUGUUACUGAUCCAACUGCACUAAUGAUGCUAAAGUAGCAAUAAUUCAACGUGUGUGACAUGUUUUUUUUUAAAGAACAUCAAAACACAAACCAAUAGAAUCCACAACAGCUGAAACAUUCUUGCACAAGAUACAGGACAGCUGAAUGGAUCUGGAAAGUACAUGACUAAUCAACAUAAAGAACAAUUAACCCAAACAUAGAACUGCACAACCAGAAAUCCCCAACAUAGAAAUACACCCAACCAAUGAAAUUAAACAACCCUGGCUCAAAUAUCAAGGUCCGUGGAGCCAGAGUGUCACAUUACCCCCCCCAAAGGUGCGACCUCCGGGCGCACCAGCAUACAGUCUAGGGGAGGGUCUGGGUGGGCGUCUGUCCCUGGUGGCGGCUCUGGCCCAGGUCGUGGUCCCCACCCCACCUUAGUCACUCUCCGCUUCCGUAUCCCCCUCCACAUGACCACCCCCCAACUAAACCCCACUGGAUUAAGGGGCGGCACCGGACUAAGGGGCAGCACCGGACUAAGGGGCAGCCCUGAACUAAGGGGCCGCACCGGGCUAAGGGACAGUACCUGACUAGCUGGCUCUGGCGGAUCCUGGCUGGACGGCUCUGGCGGAUCCUGGCUGGACGGCUCUGGCGGAUCCUGGCUGGACGGCUCUGGCGGAUCCUGGCUGGACGGCUCUGGCGGAUCCUGGCUGGCGGAAGGCUCUGGCUGAUCCUGUCUGGCAGAAGGCUCUGGCUGAUCCUGUCUGGCAGAAGGCUCUGGCUGAUCCUGUCUGGCAGAAGGCUCUGGCUGAUCCUGUCUGGCGGAAGGCUCUGGCUGAUCCUGUCUGGCGGAAGGCUCUGGCUGAUCCUGUCUGGCGGAAGGCUCUGGCUGCUCCUGUCUGGCGGAAGGCUCUGGCUGCUCCUGUCUGGCGGAAGGCUCUGGCUGAUCCUGUCUGGCGGAAGGCUCUGGCUGCUCCUGUCUGGCGGAAGGCUCUGGCUGCUCCUGUCUGGCGGACGGCUCUGAAGGCUCAUGGCAGACGGGCGGCUUUGCAGGCUCAGUACCGACGGGCAGCUCCUGCGGCGCUUGGCAGACGGACAGUUCAGACGGCGUUGGGCAGACGGGCAGUUCAGGCGCCGUUGGGCAGACGGGCAGUUCAGACGGCGUUGGGCAGACGGACAGUUCAGGCCCCGUUGGGCAGACGGCAGACUCUGGCCGUCUGAGGCGCAUCGUAGGCCUGGUGCGUGGUGCCGGAACAGGAGGUACCGGGCUGAGGACACGCAUCUCAGGGCUAGUGCGGGGAGAAGCAACAGGGCAUGCUUGGCCCUGGGGACGCACCGUAGGCCUGAUGCGUGGUGCCGGAACUGGAGGUACCGGGCUGAGGACACGCAUCUCAGGGCUAGUGCGGGAAGCAGCAACAGGGCAUGCUUGGCCCUGGGGACGCACAUAAGGCCUAGUGCGGAGAGCAGCAACAGGGCAUGCUGGACCCUGGGGACGCACAUGAGGCCUAGUGCGGAGAGCAGGAACAGGCCGGGCUGGGCUGGCGACGCGCACCGUAUCUCUGGUGCGAGAGGCCGGAACAGGCCGGGCCGGGCUGGCGAAGCGCACCGUAUCCCUGGUGCGUGGAGUAGGAACAGGCCGGGCUGGGCUGGCGCCGCGCACCGUAUCCCUGGUGCGCGUGGCCGGAACAGGCCGGGCUGGGCUGGCGAAGCGCACCGUAUCCCUGGUGCGGGGAGUAGGAACAGGCCGGGCUGGGCUGGCGAAGCGCACCGUAUCCCUGGUGCGGGGAGUAGGAACAGGCCGGGCUGGGCUGGCGACGCGCACCGUAGGCUUCGUAUGAGGCUCAGGAACAGGCCGGGCUGGGCUGGCGACGCGCACCGUACACUUGGUGCGGGUGGCAGGAACAGGCCGAACCGGGCUGGCGACGCGCACCGUACACUUAGUGCGAGGGGCCGGAACAGGCCGUACCGUACGGGGAACACACACUACUGGCUGUACCUCGGGAUUAGGAACGGGCCGGACCGGACUGGUUACACACCCCAGUACCUCUCGCCGAGCCUCUACACCUUCCUUCCCUGCUUUACCCAGUAGCCCCCUUAACCUGGUAGCCUCCUGAAUCCGUCCCUUCUCUGCCUCCGUCAGCCCCCUUAACCUGGUAGCCUUCUGCAUCUGCCUUGUGGCCGCCUCCUGCUGCUCAGUCGCCCAAGCCAUGUGCCCCCCCCAAAAAAUUUCUUGGGGUUGCCUCUCGUCCUUCCGACGUUGGCUCUGCCGACGGCGUUGCUCCUCUCGCCGUCGCCUCUCCACCGUCUCGCUCCAUGGACGGCGAUCCAUACCCUCCAGGAUCUCCUCCCAAGUCCAGGACCCUUUACCGUCCAACAGUUCCUUCCAUGUCCAGACCCUUGGCUCCUGGACGCGCUGCUUGGUCCUUUUAUGGUGGGUUAUUCUGUCACGAUCGUCUAAAGGAGCGGACCAAUGCGCAGCGUUGCGAGUGAACAUGAUGACUUUUAUUAAAUAAAGCACAACACGAGAAAACAACAAAUGACGAUACGUGAAGUCCUCUGUGACACCGACAGAACAUAGAACACUGGAACAGGAACAAUAACCCACAAUGCCCACAAGAACACAUACAGAAUAAAUAUGGCUCCCAAUCAGAGAUAACGAGCCGACAGCUGACACUCGUUACCUCCGAUUGGGAGUCAUAUGACUAAUCAACAUAAUACAACACUUUGACACCCAACAUAGAACCAAACCACAUAGACUGCACACACCCUGGCUCAACAUAAUGAGUCCCAGAACCAGGGUGUGACAAUGUGUAAGGAAAAGCUUAACCAUGAGUGUUGAUAAAAUGUUUAGUUACACUUGAGGUUGGCCUUGUGCAUUUGGCACUUUGGAGCUUUUCCUCAGAACACAGUGAACAUGACUUGAGGAGAAACAGUUGAGCAGUAAGAUAUGCACCAUAGGAUUGCAGUGAUGUGAACAGGUGUGGACUUGCUUCUGUAGCAAUCAUCCACAUUCUCAGUGAACAGGAGGAGGGGGAGAUUGGGGGAUGUUCAAUGCUUAGGGCUGAAAGAGUUUGUAAAGUAGGGUAUAUACGCACACAUCCCAAAUGUAUCCAGUGUUGGGCCAAAUAAAUAGCUGAUGUUACAAAAAUAAAAAGUUGUAUACAGUACAUGCUGCUCCCCUGCUUUAUUCCUUCAAUCACAUACUGUAUACACACGGCAGCAACUGUGGCAGGCAUUUUUUCACUAAUCAGCAUUUAGGGCUCCAAACCAGUUCCCUGACAGGUUUAUUAGGUUAGCUGUUAACUGUGGGUUGUGUCAUCUAGGGUGUCUGAUUGCAUCAACUGGCUCUCACCAUUUUUUCUGUUUAGUAUGACAUCAAAGAGUGAAAGUGUGAGAAUGAUAGAUCAGUAGUCAAACUGACAAUACAUGCCAUUGUGCUUGUAUUGACAUAUCCUGUUAUUGACCUCUUCUCUGUGUUGGACUCAGAUAUAGCAUGCAGAUGUAGACAGGUUGAAAAUGUUGUCACUGUUUACAUAUUAUAACCCCUGUCUGCGUAUGUGUGUGUGUCUUCAGCCUUGGAGGCAGAGCAAGUAUUUGGGGUGCUGUCGUUCUUCAUGGCUGUGAGUUCUGGGGCUCUGUGUCUGGUGUUCGCCCUCUGCUGGACGUCCCAGACGGUGCGCUCCUACUCCAACACCCGCUCUCUACUUAUGGCAGGCCAGGCCCUCUACCCCACUGUCCUGCUGCUCCUCAUUUUGGGACCCACAGGUCAGUAUAGGUCCGGGCCACAGACCUGAAAAGAAGAAAGGGUGCACUGCACGUGUAAAGUAUUGGAACAGGAGCUCUAAGUCCAUCUCCUGCUGAUGUGGCGCCAGGUAGCCUAGCAGUUAGAGAAGCGAGCCAGCAACCGGAGGGUUGCCAGUUCGAAUCCAGGGUUCGACUGGAAACAUUUGUCAGGAAGUGAGCUGGCAACCGAAAUGUUGCUGGGAUCAAGUCCUAGAUGCCAUUGCCUGCCGUUGUGCCCUUGAGCAAGGCACUUAACCCCCACAACAAUUGACCAAUAACGUGAUCUUAAUCUUAAUGGCUGCAGUUGCGAGUGUAAAAUAUACAAUAGGAUCAUGUUGAGGGAUUUCCUCUCUUAUUUCAUAUAUUCUGCAAAGUCCUUAUGUCGCUUUUAACAAAAUAAACAUGUUUUGAUUAAAAAUAUUCCCUUUCCUGUCACUGUUCAUGUGAAUCAAAUCAAUUAGCUUUUGUAAAGUGUUUUCACACUGGUAUAUUUGUAAAGAUGUAGGUAUUGCCAGUGUUAACAUAAACACUCAAGUCAGAAUCGUCUGUCUAGACUCCCUACUGAUGAUGACCUGACUGAACCCUCUCUCUCUCUCUCUGUCUCUCUCUGUCUCUCUUUCUCUCUCUCUCUAGGAUUCUUCUUCCUCCUCAGCUGGUCCCUCUUCACCUACCAGCACUGGGUAACGAUCAGCGAUGACUUCACCUGCCUGGGCUCCUCCUAUUGGCUGGGCGCCCUGGGCUGGGCCCUGCUAUUGGUUGCUCUGCCCGUGGUCUUCCUGGUGGAGCAGUGUGUGGUCCCGGACAUCCUGACGGAACUCACGAAGGCCACCGAGGGGUGGCGGCGCACAUCUGAGGUACCGUACGCCAAACGCUCGUUCAGCGAGAGUCGUCAGCAUUGUCAUGAAGACGAGAGUCAUGAAGACGUGGAGAGAGGGCUGAAGAUGUACAUAUCAGUACCCUGAGAGGAGGAAUGGAGGACAGAGAAUUCAGAGACUGAGCUGACUGCAGGACUGGACAGGACUGGACUGGACUGGACUGGACUGGACAAACAGCUGAUGUCCUGUUCACACUAGCAGCACCAGGGAGAGGAGCUUCUAGUGCCUGUCUGGAUCAAAGACUGACUGCUCCACUGUAGGAGAAUGCUCACAGACACACUCUGAGAAUAUGUGGUAUUAGACAAAAAUGUCAAUGCUGUGAUAGUGUUAUUGUCAGUCUUUGUAGUUGUU